AUGAAGUUGAUCCCGUUGUUAUUUUUAUCCAUAUGUGUCUCGUGUGUCCAUUCUUACUCUGAGGAGUUGUUUGAAAGGAUCAAACGUGCUUCGCUGUUAGCCAAUGAUGCUUAUUGUGUUAACAGUAUUAUGAUACCUGAUUUUUUGAACUCACCAAUAUCUUACAUUGAACAGCAGGGAGUCAAGGUGCUUAAAGUCUUCCAGCCCAAGAGAGUAUCGUUAAUUCUAUCUGGAAAUGGUUUCAUAGGUCUUGAUGAGGAAAGAAAGGAGAUUAUUGUGUCUUUCAGAGGGUCCAUCUCUGUCAUGGACUGGCUUUCGGACUUUUACUUUGACACAGCAGAAUAUAAUCCAUUGCACGGCCAGGUCCAGUGUGAAGGAAACUGUUUGGUCCAUCUUGGUGUGCUAAAGCAAUUCUCUAUUAUCUAUCAGGACGUUAUGGACACCUACUUACCACUCUUAGAGCAGUAUCCAGACUUCACCACUGUUGUCACAGGCCAUUCUCUAGGAGGAGGGUUUGCUUACUUGAUGGGUAUUGAAUUGCAGACUUUGGGUAUCAAGACAAGUUUGGUAACAUUCGGUGCCUUAAGGAUGGGUAACGAAGAUUUGAACAAAUGGGUCGACAAAUUAUUCAACACCGACGAGGCUCUAGAGCAAAUCAAGAAUAACGAGAACCCAACCAGAGCAUACCUCCGUGUCAUACAAGAAAUGGAUAUUGUCCCACUUGUUCCUCCAGGUCCUAUCUACGGCCAUUCUGGUAUCCAGUUUAGCAUCCGCAAGCUGUCUGGAUUCUCUCCAUCGAUGAGCCAAGUUCGCUUAGAUGGUGCACACUUGGAGUUGCAGGAAAUCAUCGAGGAGAUGUUCCUCACUGGCAGGAUUACAGCAAUUCUAGGUGUUAUCGACCACAUCUCAUACUUCAGAAGAAUGGCAUUGCCAUGUAUGAUUGACAGUGUGAUGUAA